GAGGAGGAAGGGAGGGAGAGAGAGAGAGAGGAGAGGGUGUCCCGUCUGCGCGAAGCAAAGACAGACAGCAGGGAACAGCUGCAGCGUGAGGCUCGCGUAGGAUUUCACUGCAUUGCGAUUGACAAUAUCAAUAAUUUCAUCCCCAAAAAGCCGAGUAGAAGCGGCGCUGCACAGCAACCCAACCUCAUCCACAAACAUGGUCGACCGCGAGCAGCUGGUGCAGAAAGCCAGGCUGGCUGAGCAGGCUGAGAGAUACGAUGACAUGGCUGCAGCUAUGAAAUCGGUAACAGAGCUGAACGAGGCCCUGUCCAACGAGGAGAGGAACCUCUUGUCAGUGGCUUACAAGAACGUGGUCGGUGCCCGCCGCUCCUCCUGGAGGGUGAUCUCCAGCAUUGAGCAGAAGACCUCGGCCGACGGCAAUGAGAAGAAGAUUGAGAUGGUCAGGGCCUACCGGGAGAAGAUUGAGAAGGAGCUGGAGGCUGUGUGCCAGGACGUGCUCAACCUCCUGGACAACUUCCUGAUCAAGAACUGCAACGAAACGCAGCACGAGAGCAAGGUGUUCUACCUGAAGAUGAAGGGCGACUACUACCGGUACCUGGCCGAGGUGGCCACAGGCGAGAAGAGGGCCACCGUGGUGGAGUCGUCGGAGAAGGCCUACAACGAGGCCCACGAGAUCAGCAAGGAGCACAUGCAGCCCACCCACCCCAUCCGCCUGGGCUUAGCUCUCAACUACUCUGUGUUUUACUACGAGAUCCAGAACGCCCCGGAGCAGGCCUGUCAUCUGGCCAAGACCGCCUUCGACGACGCCAUCGCCGAGCUCGACACCCUCAACGAGGACUCCUACAAAGACUCCACUCUCAUCAUGCAGCUGCUCCGAGACAACUUGACACUGUGGACAAGUGACCAGCAGGAUGACGAGGGAGGGGAGGGCAACAAUUAAAGAGAAACCACACUUUGAAAAAAAAUUAUGAAGGGCCGGUGGACUUUGGCAGCCGCUUUUGCCGAUGAUGCUACCGCAGCAGCAGUUCUUUAUUUUUCCAUGUGUUAAAAGAAAAGAAUCAAAAGAGAGGUGAGAGUGGAGGUUAAUCUUAGUUUAAAUAUAUAUAGAAAUAUAUAUACAGUUGAAAGGGGCCUCCGUCUUCUUGAUUUUCUCUUUGACAUUUGCCAAAACCACUGAUAUGUCAGUCAAUCAGCCUGAAGUGGUUGUUGUUGGAUUGAAAUGGCAGCCUCACACUGGCAUAGGAACUGAUCUUGUUCUCUCAAGAUAAGCUGCUUAGUUAGGUUUUUUCGCGUGAUAGAGAUGCAUUGGAGUCACUUGAGAGAGAAAAUGCUUGAAUGGGAAUGCCUCACAAAAACUAGUUUGCAUUGGUUCCAGCAGUAGUCUACAUACAGCAAUGAGAACGGGCCCUGAAAGCCAUGGAUGUUAAACCCACACCAAUCACUGAGAAAAGAGAAAAGUUUCAAACUGAUUAUAGUUAUACAAAUAUUAAUUAAAAAUAUCCCCCUAAAUUUUAAAAGGAUUAAUUACAUGGGAGCAUUAAUUAUGAACAGUUAUAAAAAAACAGAUUCCCCUCUUUCUGUAUAGAGUGUAUUUGGCAUUUCACAGAUUAUUCUGUUUAGUCACUGGAACCAUAGAUUAUUUUGGAGGUGAAGAUUACUAGAGGCAGAGACUUAACGAUAUUGAAAACGAUACAAAAAUUUUAAAAAAUGAGACAAAAAAUGAAAAUAAAAGCAGCUUCAGAGUUUGUGGUUUACUUCUGUGUUUGUUUUAUUAAAUGCACUUGCCUACUAUACUGUUUCUUCAGUGUACGAUGAUGACAACAAUAAUAUCGAUUAUUCAAUAUUGUGCAUGCUGGUGAUGUAUUUAUAUACAGUAGCUUGACUUUAUUAACUUAUACUGUGCGUGUUAAGUAUUCAUAUGAUUGAGAAAAACAGGCUUUGUCUGAUGUUGAUUUCUAAUUUAUUUCAUUUUGUUAUGGUUUUUUGAUUUGCUAUACCAAAAUGGUGAUCGUAAAAAUUGACACUGUAAUGGGCGUUGCUAUAGUGACAUGCAAUAGGUGUAUUUAAUUUGUUAAUAAAAGCGAGAAAAAAAAAGGAAUAUAACAACCCACCAGUGAUCACUUACUCUUACCAGCUGGUGUUUGUCACGAUGACGUAUGAUUAUGAUAUAUUUUGUUCUUUGAACAGUAUUUAAGUACUUUUCUCUGUCAUGCUAUCCAGUUUUAAUGAUGAUGAAGUUUUCAGGCUCAAUGUUUCUGUUUAUGAUUCACAGACAUGGACCAUAUUUUCUUUCCGACAGUAAACACUUUCUGUUUGUUUGUUUUUAUACCUUUUAGCUGUUCCUGAGUGACAAAAUAUCUUGAAUGUGAGUCAUUAUGUAGCAGUUGCACAAGAAAACCGAAAUAAUAGCUAUGAUAAUAAAAAAGAAUAUGAUUAAAUUA